CGUCGUCCGCGUGGCGCGAGUUAGAGCCUGACUUGUGCGGCGGCUUUUAGUCUUGUCCCGUCCCUUCGUCCAUCCUCGUCCUUGCCGGGACUGCGAGAGAAGUCGGGCUUUUCCUCCUCCCUCCCCUCUGCUCCUCACGGCGGAGUGCCUCCGUAGAGAAGAGGAAGUAUGCACCCGGCUGCGAUAAUAAGGAGGACGCGGAGCCGAGGAGGAGGAUCCCGCCCGAUCCUGCGUUCGUCGGCGUUGAGGAGGAACACGCGCCGCCCCCACGUGCCUUCCAGCAGCAGCAGCGCGAAGUGAAAGUUCAUUGACGAAACCUCCUGCGGAAAAGCCACCAACGGAAAUUCUCUGACCGGAAGAUCAUCCUUUCCGGCGGAGCGUCUACCUACGGUUGAUCGCAAUUGAAGAUUGACGAAAAAGAUCAUAAGAAAGAAGGUCUUCCCUUUGAAACGCAGGAUUUCGUAAUCCGAGAGGGGAAAAAUCUGGAAACCGCGUAAAUUGCUAUCGAGUAAACGAUCGAUGUGCCUGAUUUGCGACAUGGGGUCGCAGGAGAUUUCGUCCCAUAGGGAGACCCUCUCGUCGGCCGAGACGAAGGACCCCCGCGACACGAAGAGGAGCACCCGCGCCCUAAGCCGAUGGCGCAUCCUGGCAAGGGCGCUGGCGGGCUCGCCGGAGCCGAUCAGCGGCAGCAGCGAGUCCGACGAGGAGGUGUCGGUGAGACGGUUCACCAGCUUCGGCCUGCUGAAGUGCGCGCUGCUGGUGAACACCCUGGCGGACGGCGGGCCACCCGGCGGCUGGUGCGAGUACUCGGUCCGGCUGGACGGCCGGCCGUACAACGUGCAGAUACGCCGCGUAAGCAAGUGCUUCACGGCGAACGAGCUGAUCGGCUUCAACAACACCGGCAACGUGUGCGUGUGGCCGUCCGAGGAGUGCCUGGCGUACUAUCUGCUGCGGAACCGCGGCCUCUGCCGGAAUCGGAACGUCCUUGAACUCGGGGGCGGCAUGAGCUGCCUGGCCGGCGUGCUCGCCGCCAAGUACUGCAAUCCCAGCUCGGUCACCCUCACGGACGGCAACGUGACCAGCGUCGACAACGUGCGCCGCAUCGUCGCCCGUAACGACAUGCAGCACCUGGCGGGGUGCGGGGUCGUCCAGUGGGCCCGGGCCGCCCGGGUCCUACGCCAGCGGCGGACGACGGCGGUCAACGGUAAUCACCGCCGCGUCAAGACCCGGACGGCCGGCGACGAGGACGAGGACGAGGACGCCCGACUGCCGUCGGGCCUCUACGACGUGAUCCUGAGCGCCGACUGCCUCUUCUUCGACGACGCGCGUCUAGACCUGGUGGAGACGAUCUACGGUUGGCUGGCCGACGACGGGGUCGCUCUGGUGAUGGCGCCCAGGCGCGGCACGACAUUCCAGAAAUUCGCCGAGGCGUCGAUCAGGCGCGGCUUCAUAGCGCGCCAGACGGAACGAUACGACGACACGGUGUGGUCGAGGCACCUGGAGCUGCUGGCGAACAGCCCGGAGUACUGUCCGGAUCUACAUUAUCCGGUGCUGCUGGAGCUCACCAAGCAGAAGAAGACGCCGCCCGGAUGAUCGGGCUCGAUCGACGAGGAGAGUCUCAGCGAGGAAUGAAAACGUGUUUGUGAAUACGUUUUUUUCGUUUUUUUUUUGUUUUUUAAAUCAUGUACACUCUUUGUUCGCGCAAAUAAACUUGUCGCGAAGGGAAUGAAUGUGCUCGCUUGCCGAGUGAGGAGCGUACGCGCGCUCGCCGUAACGGGAACGUAAGGAUGCAUCAAAGCUGCCUUUAUAUGUCGCCCAGUCGCAAUGUCAAGGUCGAUUGUUUUUUUUUUUUUUUAUUAGUGCGUCUGAUGAAACGUUUAGCGGUCACAUCCGCACUCGCACGGAUCGAUCUUCCGCUCGCACGCAUCGUUCCACAUCGUCGCCGCUAUCGGAAAAAUUCCGUAAGGCAAGGUAUAUUAUGAGCGACGCGCGCGGGAGAAUCUCGAGCUCUCCCCCCGACCUUUUCCCUUGCCGUUAAUUAAUGGGUGCUCGCGCCUCCACACGCUCGACACCUCCAUGAAUGAACGCGCAUCUGAAAGUACAAAUGUUAAUCAUACUCGCGCUCGCGCGACGUCCCCGCGCGUAUCUCUUUCAAUUCUUGCGCGCGCGAUCAAUUCGGUAGGUGGGUAUUUAUUUAAAGCGCGCCUCUCUCGUUUGCGCCUCCGAGUAUUUGUAGCAAGUAACCGCGGCGUAGCGUGGUGCAGCGAGCCAUAAUCUCUCGCGUUGAAUUAGUUUAAAAUAUCGUAGUGCCCGUUAGAUAUUAUUCUCAUUCGCAGCAGGUGAGACUUCUGGCACUUAUACUUUGCACGCGGCGUAUAUAUCGGGCAGCGAGCUACUACGGGCGGAAGUUUCGAAUUAUUGAAGUCCACGAUAAGAGUAUCGAACUUCAGGUAUUAUCUUGGAAAUAUUUAUGCCGCGAUACACAUCGGACGGACGAAGAUUACGUUAUGUUAUGCAGAAGGUAUAGGGUCUCAACUGGACCAAGUUCUCGAAAACUACACGAGUAUAUAAAAUUGCUGAUCUAAUGCACUAAAAAAAAACAAGAAA